AUGCUGCUAUUUGUCUUCUUCGCAGUUGCUUUUGUUGAAGCCACUAACAACACCACCCGCUAUGCCUUCAUAAACCUUACAGAAAAUGCCACUCUGAAGGGCAUCAAAUACACCAUCGAUAGUGUCGAUGUGGACGCAUAUUUAGGCAUCCCAUUUGCAGAAAAACCUGUUGGCAACCUUCGUUUUGCUCCUCCUAAAGAAGCUAACUUAUGGACUGGGCAAUUUAACGCAACUCAGCGUUCAAAUUCAUGCUGGCAAUACAUAUUCAAUGGUUUUGAUUUGGCCAAUCCUGCGGCACGGGUUUGGGUUAACAAUACGAAUAUGAGUGAAGAUUGUCUCUAUCUCAACGUGUGGGUGCCUGCGAAUAAAUCUGCCAAUAGGACGUUGCUUUCUGCAAAAGGAUCUUCCAAUGAUACGUUGCUGUCUGCGAAUGGGACUGCAAACGGAACGUUGUUGCCUGUGAUGGUGUGGAUUUUUGGUGGUGGCUUCUUCAGUGGAACGUCCACACUCGACGUCUACGAUGGCAGGUUUCUUGCAGCUAAGGAGAACGUCAUUGUGGUAUCCAUGCAGUACCGUUUGGGACCAUUUGGUUUCCUGUACGUAGACAAGGAGGUUCAGGGAAACAUGGGUCUUUGGGAUCAACAGCUUGCCCUAAAGUGGGUUCAAAAACACAUUGUGAAAUUCGGAGGUGAUCCGACGAAGGUGACGCUGUUUGGAGAGUCUGCUGGCGCGGCGAGUGUCACGUUGCAGUACCUCUCAAACGAGUCUCGUCCGCUCUUCCAGCGCAUGAUUAUUCAAAGUGCAAGCGCCCUCAACAGAUGGGCAUUGUCGACGAAAACGGUGGCUCACGAUGCAGGUCUUGCAGUAAGUGUAAUGCGGACAAGCGAAAUGGGCUUAAGGCAGAAACGAGAAUAG